UUCUGAAGACCUCCUUGCUAAGAAAAGCCUGUGGUUGCUGUAUACUUUCUGCCUCCAGUUGUGGUUUUCCUGGUUUCUGCAUCAGAGGAUUCUGAUGCUGUGGGGGAAGGCUGGACAGGGAGAGUCACCCACCAGGUUGAGGAAUCACCUGCCUCACAGAGAGCUCUGGAUCCAGAAGAUCCACAAUAAGCAGAGCAAGAGAGUAACCAGCAGGCAAUGAAAACGAUUAUGUCCUGAAUUAGGAUCAAGCUUGUACACAAAGGACAAUAUGAACAUGAAGGAAAUUUUCAUCCUUCUCCUUAAUCUGUAUUUGGCCUUCAGUGUCCAAGACACAAGAGAGACCACACCUAUGAAGAGCCUAAGCUGCUACAAUGACUACAACUCACAGGUGACCUGCACCUGGAUGGAGCAUUCAGAGGCUCAUGCCCUUGUUGGUAUGACGCUUUACCAAAGGGACAUUCUAAUGAACAACGAAGAGAUGUUCUGCAAACGCCAGAGAGAAGAUGACUCAUAUGAAGCUCCAGACUCCUAUGUGCGCUGGGUUUGUUGUAACACUACAGACUAUUUUGGAAUAGGAGUGUAUAAUAUUUACAGCUUCAAACCUAGCAAGAUGCUUCAAGCAGAACUUAAUGUUGAUAUUUUCCAAAAUGUUCAGACCCUCCCACCUCAAAACCUCACAGUCAGUUUGAUGACAUCAGGAGACUUCUUGCUGACAUGGAAAGCUGCUGUUGGAAGCCAAGGGCUGGGCAAUGCACUGGAGUAUGAAGUCACCUACAAGAGGGACUGGGAGCCCUGGGAGAAAGCUGCCUCGCUCUUGCUCUCCACCACCACACGGUGCCAUCUCAGCCACAAAGACCUUGUCCCAGGGAGCAGCUAUGUUGCCCGUGUGCGAGCCAGACCAGGACAAGACAGCGGCUUCUCUGGGCAGUACAGCGAGUGGAGCACGAAGGUGUCAUGGGAGACCCCUGAAGGUGACCUUCAUCCCAGGAACCUUCGCUGCCUCUUCAAUGGUGCAGAUACUCUGACCUGUAGCUGGGAAGUGAAGAAAGUGAUCACCACCUCUGUCCUCUUUGGCUUGUUCUUUAGGGCCACUCCAACAUCAGUAGAAGAGGAAUGCUCUCCUGUGCAUGAGACGGCUUUGCCUCAUGUUCCAUAUGUGGUCCAAAGCUGUGAGAUCCCUGUUAGCAGCAGUCAGAGCCAGUACCAUGUGUCUGUCCAGGUCAAGACGGAGGAGAAGCUGUUUGAAGCCCACAAGAACAUUAAGGUGCUGCCACCUGCAAAUGUAUCAGUUACAGUAACAGAGAACAAAGAGUAUGAACUGAGGUGGAUAAAACACACUUUGAGAUAUUUCAUAAAACAGAGAUACCAAGUUGAGUACUGGGAAAACAACCAACAUAAAAACAAGACUCUCCAGAAGUUAAAUAUCAACAAUGAUGAACCUCCCUUCAUCUUCACCCUGCAGAUGUUAUCAUCAUCUACAGAAUAUAGGGGGAGAAUGCGUGCAAGGGUGAAUACACCUCUGGAUUACGAGGGGCCUUGGAGUGAAUGGAGUGAGGAGUUCACCUGGAAGACUGAAAACGUUUUGCCACAAGUGGUUCUUCCUGUGAUGCUCCCAGCUCUCAUCAUCACUUUGCUAAUAGCCGCUUAUUGCAGCUAUAAGUGUUUCCUCAGGAAGAAGAAAAUGUGGGAGGAGAAGAUUCCAAAUCCCAGCAAGAGCCUCCUGAUCCAGAGUUACCUGAGGAAAGUACAUUUAGGACACAGACCAACAAGCAGCCAGCUGGACUUCAACAAAUGCAGUCUUUCAGAGAAGAUGGAGCAGGCUAGCUUCCUUCAAGUUGUGGACAGGCAGAUGAAGACUUCGACAGAAUCUCCUGAAGAGCAGGCUAAAAAGACAGAUAUUUCCCCUAUGGCACUGGACCUACAAAACUCAUACCAUGCUUUAAAUGAGCCAGAGCACGCCCCAGUUGUCUGCUCAAGUCAGGCUGUUCAUCAUUCCUUUCCUCUUUCAAGGAGAAAUAGUGCUGAUGCAGGUACUGAUUCCCAGGCAGCAAUCCAUUGCUUGGCUUUCAAUGGUCCGUACUUGUACUGCCCUAUGGUGUCCUCCCAGCCUGAUGUACAUCAGACCCAGGAAAAGUAUCUAGUGGGACUUUCUGAGAAAUCAGUUUCCCUUCAGUAUGUGACCCUACCAAAGGAAGACUAUCUACAGUCUCCACAGAGGCAAAACCAGCCAGGAGCAAGUCCUCCACAGCCCUUCCUGCUCCAAGAUCAGAAGGAAAGGAUGCAGCACCCCGAUGAUGAGGAAGAAGUCUCACUGGCCCCAUCAGCCUGCGGGGAAGGCACAAACGUGAGAAGAGAACAGAAAUCUCCAAAGGCUCUUGGCUGUAUCACAUCUCCCCAGCAGUGCCCCUUGGAGUACAUCACCACAGAGAGCCUAUCACUGCCAUCAGCCAGUGGCUCCACUCAUCCACCACUUGUCACUGCUAGGGAGCUGCCCUUUGACUCAAAGGAGCCUCAGCGCCGCAGUGAUUGCUCUGGCCAUGAGUCUUCUCCUGGGAAAACUAGUGUCAUGGCCCCAUUUUCAGGUCAAGCACCAACCUCUUCUCCUGAAUUGCACCUAGAUACAUUUGGAGACUAUCUUGCUGUCCCUGUAGAUGUCCAUGGACAUUCAGAACCCACAAAGAUUUGUUUGCCUGUCCUACAGAAGAGAAAUGAUCUUCCCCAAAAGCAGCCUUUAUCAGAGGGUAACUUGGUGGUGUUAAACCCUGACAGCACUGAGCCAGUUUUCCUUUGCCAGGUUGGUGACUAUUGCUUCCACAGCUUGAAACCCAGUGGGAAAAUGGAUGUUAGUCAGGAAGACCACCAAGUCAAGAAACUUUCUGAAGGCAAGACAACAUCUGAGAAGUCUGUAUCUGAUGAUGAAUCCAUCACUGGCAAUGCUGUAUCAAAAAUGCAGGCUAUUCAGCUUUUCAAAAACCUGAAAUCAGAUGAUUACUUUUCCUGGCAGCAAUCUUUGGGGAUCACAGAAAGCCAUUAAAUGGGCAAAUAUUAAUGAAUACAGGUAACUGAAAGAAGUUCCAAUUACAUGAUGGAAAUGAACCCCCAAACCUAGGAAUAAAUAAAUACCAGUUCCCUCUUUGAGCUUCCAGUGCAAUGUGUUGAAAGGCCUGAAGCAGCUCAAUAUCCUUCUCAAUGACCUUCACAGAUUUGGCAUGGAAGACAAUCCAAAUAUUGCCCUUUGGUAUUUUUGCAGACUUUCUGUCUUACCCACAAAGAGCAGUUUAUCCUCCUCAUGAUCCUGUGACAGAUCAUAGUCAUCUUGCAAUGGUACCAGAUUGCCUGAGGCAAAACUUGGAGGCAGGAAAUGCAGACUUAGCAGCACAAAAUGUUAUCAGAAGAAGACAGGCUUGGAAACCUUGGAAGGAAACUUAUAUUCUUAAGAACAAUUUUGUUGAACUUCUGUUUGUGUGUAAAAUAGAUCUUAGAGUCACCAAGGAGCUUUCAUAUCUCUACCUUUCCACUACCGGCAUGAAAUGAGUAUUGUCUAAGGUGAAAAAAACCCAGACAGUAAUAGAAGGGUAAAUAAAAAAUAAGAAAAAAUUGUUGAAGUCCAGGACAUCUUUCUCAAUGUUAAAGUUGAGUAUGGAAUAUUCUGAGAGUAAGAAGAGAACAUUACUGGGAUACAUAAAGUAGGCUGUAGAGAACCAUGAGGGAAAAGAUACAUUGCUGAAAGAAAGCCCAAGGGCUCACAGGGUGCAGUGAGAGGAAGAGAAGGGGACAGGUAACAGAAAAUGACAGGUAAGAAAUGUUGUGAAGGUGCACAAGUCUCUGUCUGCUGGGGUUUUUCUAUUUGUAAGUGUUAAAGUACUGUAUUUUCCUUUAAGUUCAUUGGCUGUUUAUCCAUGACAUAAUUACUCUAUGUACAUUCUUAUUUUAAUUUUUUCUUUUCUGAGAAAUAAGCUGUGUUGAGAAAG